AUGCGUGUCCAGAGCCCUCCCAGACUCUGGAACCUGGCAGCAGUGAGCCUGCUGAGGGACAACGAGGCCUCGGCCAUCGCUGCUCUGGAGUACCUGCCCGCCGAGCUCUUCCCACCUCUGUUCCUGGAGGCCUUCAAUGGGAGACACAGCGAGACCCUGAAGGCCCUGGUGCAAGCCUGGCCCUUUGUCCGCCUGCCUCUGGGGGGCCUGAUGCACAUGCCUCAGGAGGAGACCUUCCAGGCAGUGCUGGAUGGGCUCGACGUCCUGCUGGCCCAGAAGGCUCCCCCAAGGAGGUGCAAACUGCAGGUGCUGGAUUUAAGGAAUACGGGCCAGGACUUCUGGAACACAUGGUCUGGAGCCAGAGCCCCUGAUGCGUCCUCAAGUUCAUCAAUGGCACCAGUGGCUGAGGACAGUUCAAGGACAGAGCAGCCCUUGCCUGCCUUGAAGGUGUUCAUAGGACUUUCCCUCGAUGAAAGGAAACUGGAUGAAUUCUUAUCCUACCUGAUGGGGUGGGUGGAGAAGAGAGAAGGUUCCAUACACCUGUGCUGUAAGAUGCUGAGCAUUCUUUCAGAGCCCAUUAUGAAUGUUAUGGAUGUCCUGAGAAAGGUGCAGCUGGGCUGUAUCCAGGAGUUACACGUGGACUGCAACUGGACUCUGCCCACCCUGGCCUCAUUUGCUCCUCUCCUGGGUCAGAUGACUAAUGUGCGGAUAUUCUUUCUCUCCCGUGUCCACGUGUAUAUACCUACCAGGCAGGAGCAGCAGUAUGUUGUCCAAUUUACCUCUCAGUUCCUCAGGCUGCACCACCUCCGGGAUCUCUAUAUGGAAUCUCCCUCAUUCCUCGAAGGUCGCCUGGACCAGAUGCUCAGGUGCCUGAAGAAUCCCCUGGACAACCUCUCAAUAACCAGCUGUCAGCUAACAGAGUCAGACUUGGCCCACCUGUCCCAGUGCCCAAGCAUCCGGCAGCUAAAGGGCCUGGAUCUGCAUGGUGUCACACUGACCAACUUUAGUCCUGAGCUCCUCCAAGUUCUGCUGGAGAAAGUUGCAGCCACCCUGCAGGAACUGGACUUAGAUCAGUGUAGAAUCAUGGACUCACAUCUGGAGGCCAUCCUGCCCGCCCUGAGCCGCUGCUCCCAGCUCAAGUCCUUGAGCCUGUGUGGGAACUUCUUCUCCAUGGCCACCAUGGAGAAGCUGCUGCGACACACCGCCGGGCUGCCCAGUUUGAGUCAAGAGCUGUACCCUGCCCCUCGGGAGAGUUACAGCCCUCAGGGAACUUUCCACCCGACGAGACUUGCCUCACUUGGGGCUGACCUGUUUGAGAUUCUGAGAGGCUUAGGACGUCCCAGGACCAUCCAGCUCAGCUCCAGCUCAUGUCCACACUGUAGCAACAGAACAUUCUAUCAUACAGAGUCUGUCAUAUACCCCUGA